AUGAGUCCGAUCAACAGUCUCUGGUUCAAGUGGAAGGGCCUUCGCCUACCCUGGCGCAGGUCGUUCCUCGUCGGCACCGACCUACACGGAAACACCUUCUGGGAAUUCAAGGACCAACUCAACGCCGGCCGCUUCCGCCGCAUCGUCAAGACCGAUCCCAAAACGCACCUCGCCGAUGUCCAAGUGAGCCCACAAUGGCACCAAUGGCUUCGUUAUGUCCGCGCAGACCCCCCAUCCAUCCAAGAACAACAACAAGACAUCAUCCGACAAAUGCAAAUCAAGGAAUUAGCCCGUCUGGCCGAUGAGCGCUGGGCCAGCAAACCAUCAUAUCUGGAUAUGCCCAAAUCCCAACAACAACCGCUCCCCGCCACCAACACCGGUGAUGCGGCAGUAGCCCAAGCAAACAAGAGCCCUUCGGAGGAUACGCAGACGGCAACCGCGGAGGCUGCGAAGAAGAAUGACCCCUGGGCGAAGGCGGCGGCAGGCGCUCCGGGUCAGAAGUGGCAGCCUGAUUCGUGGAGCCCGACUGCGUCGAAGAGAUGA